AUGACUCAAGAGCAACCGGUGGACAUAGCGGAUACGUACAAGCAACUAACUGCAGCAGAAACUCAGGCGACCAACUUGGAGAAAAUGUUGGAUGCAUUCGAAGCCAAACUCGAUUCAAUUUUACAAGAAGCUGAAGGCUUAGCCGAGGAAAAUGGCCACCUGGAUCCGCAAGAAAACAGCGCAGAGAAAGAAGUGACUCAGGACAAAUCCAAUUAA